GUAUUGCAUUGUUUCAAACGAUAUUGAAAGGCUAUCGAUAUUUUCCAUCCCUGGCUUUGCAACGCGUGGCGGUGAAACGUGUAAAAUUUUUGUUACAAAUUUUGCAACAAAUUCGCCAAAUUAACCGCAAAAACAAAUUGUUUUUUGUCAGCAGCUCAAUUGUCAGCUGUAUAUGUGUGGACACAGCCGUUGAACAGGACUGGAAAAGGUGUCGCAGCGAGUGAAGAAGAUUGUUCACACAACACUCACACACACACACACACACACACAUACACAAACACACAUAUAGAAUUUCGUGUUGUGCUGCCAGACAGUAAAGUGCAGGGACAAAAAGCAAAAGCAACGCCGUACAAGUUGGCUACGACGUUGAAACAAUAACAAAUUAAUCACAAAUCGAAAGGCUGGGUUGUCUUCGCAUCAACUCCACCCCCUCCUUAAUCCAACUACUGCUGAGUGGCAACAAUAACGACGAAAGUCAAACGCGUGCUUGUGUGAGUGCAGCAGAAGAAGCAGGGCGAAAGUGUGUCGUCGUCGACGUCGCAGUGCGUGCGUGAGUGUGUGUGCGUGUGUGCCGAGCAGAGCCGCAGAGGCGAAAAGUGAAAAUUUCCAUUGAAAAUUAACUCGAAAGUAAUUUGUACGAAACAACAGUAGCAGUAAUGGCCGCUCAGGAAAAUACGGAAGUUACAACAAAAUUCUCAACUCUCAAUGUGAAUGCAGUGGAAUUUGUGCCCAGCUUUAAUUACAGCAGCGCUGCCAGCGCAGCGGCUGUUGCAGCAGCCGCAGCGCAAGCGCCGCCGUCCACAGAACAACCGGAGCAGGCAACGCCAGUGGAUAAUGCUGUUGCGCCUGGAACUGGUUCCGUGCCGGCAUCUGGUAGUGCCACACCUGCAACAACGCCCGAUUCCACGGGCAGUGCCGGUUCCACAAAUGCCCUAAAUGCCGGUGGCGGCGGAACGGGAGCGGCAACGGGCACGGUAACAACGGCAGCGCCGUCAUCGGCGGCCGCAUCAAAUUCGGCAUCGCCAGCGCCAGGCUCGCCCGUUACCACGCCUUCACCAGCGACAGCGGCGCCAAUUGAACAGCUAAAUGCGGCGGACAAAAUAACAGCAAACAAUGAAACCGAUCCUGCUGAUAGCUGGGACGUGGAGGAUGAUGCCAUCAUAACGCCCGAGGAUGAGGAAGCCGAGGACGAAUUUGUGGAGGGCGAAGCCACGCCGAAGGUCUCAAAGAAAAAGAUUGUCAAGGUCGAGGAGAACAGAAGCAAGCGCGAGCACGUCAACGUCGUCUUCAUCGGACAUGUUGAUGCUGGUAAAUCAACAAUUGGCGGCCAGAUCAUGUCGCUGACGGGCAUGGUGGACAAGCGUACGCUGGAGAAAUAUGAGCGCGAGGCGCGCGAGAAGUCGCGCGAGAGCUGGUAUCUGUCGUGGGCGCUGGACACAAACCAGGAGGAGCGCGACAAGGGCAAAACUGUGGAGGUGGGACGCGCCUUUUUCGAAACGGAUCGCAAGCAUUUCACCAUACUGGACGCGCCGGGACACAAGAGUUUUGUGCCGAACAUGAUUGGCGGCGCGGCGCAGGCAGAUCUCGCUGUGCUCGUCAUUUCGGCGCGAAAGGGUGAAUUCGAGACGGGCUUCGAUCGCGGCGGCCAGACGCGAGAGCAUGCCAUGCUGGCAAAGACGGCGGGCGUUAAGCAUCUGGUCGUGCUGGUCAAUAAAAUGGACGAUCCGACUGUGAAUUGGGAUCAGGGACGUUACAACGAAUGCAAAGACAAGAUACUACCAUACCUCAAGAAGCUGGGCUUCAAUCCAGCCAAGGAUCUUACCUUUAUGCCUUGCUCGGGCCUCAGCGGCUAUGGCCUCAAGGAUCAAGUACCCGAGUCGCUGUGCCCCUGGUAUCGAGGGCCCGCCUUUAUACCCUUCAUCGAUGAGCUGCCCUCACUGAAUCGCAAUCAGGAUGGACCCUUCAUCAUGCCCAUUGUCGACAAAUACAAGGACAUGGGCACCGUUGUCAUGGGCAAAGUGGAGUCCGGCUGCGCGCGCAAAGGUCAAAAUCUGCUCGUGAUGCCAAAUCGGACACAAGUGGCCGUGGAUCAACUGUUCUCCGACGACUACGAGGUUACCUCUGUGGGUCCCGGCGAGAACGUCAAGAUUAAACUGAAAGGCAUCGAGGAGGAGGAUGUGUCGCCUGGUUUUGUGCUCUGUGAUGCCGCCAAUCCAAUUAAAACGGGCAAAAUCUUUGAUGCUCAGGUCGUUAUAUUGGAACACAAAUCAAUUAUAUGUGCGGGCUAUUCGGCUGUCAUGCACAUACACUGCGCCGCCGAGGAGGUCACGGUGAAGGCACUCAUCUGUUUGGUGGACAAGAAGAGUGGUGAGAAAUCAAAAACACGUCCAAGAUUCGUUAAACAGGAUCAGGUCGCAAUAAUGCGCAUCGAAUGCUACGGCAUGAUUUGCCUUGAACAGUUCAAGCUAUUCCCGCAAAUGGGACGCUUCACGCUGCGAGAUGAAAAUAAAACCAUUGCCAUUGGCAAGGUACUCAAGGUGAUCGAAUAAAUUGAGCCUAGCUGAAUUCGAGCGCCCGCCUUUUACACUGCGGCUUUAUAGCAAACCAAGCAACCCUUCAGAGUAUGCCAGACGAGACGAUAAUUAUGAGAAAUUGCCAAUGCCAGCGCCAACGCCACGCUUUCUACACACACACACACACACAGACACACACACACACACACACACACACCUACACAAUUAAGAUUUUACUUUCUCCACAAUUAUUAUGCAUAUGCAUAGAGCAACUGCAAUAGCGUUUGAUAAUGUUUAGAGACAAGAUUUAUAGCAAGUAUCUAAAAAAGUAUGGAAAAAGAAAAAGGAGAAAUAGUUUGGCAAAGACACAGAUUUCAAGAGAGCGAGAGAGAGAGAGAGAGCAAAAGAGAGCAACAGAAAUGCAUUAUAUAUAUAUAAAUAUAAACUAUAUUAUGUAUAACUAAAGCAUGAGCAUGUACUAUUUAUAUAUAUGUACAUACACACACACACACACACAACACGUACGUAUAUAUAUAUUCGAGAUAUUGUCCGGGUUAUGAUUACGUUUAAAAUUGGCUUUGUUGUGGCUGAAAAAAA